CGCCCGUGCUCUGCACUGUCUCGCCUCCGACCUCCGCGCCCUCUCAAGGUCUCACCGGAGACCGCGCUGCGGUCCGCGGGCUUUGGGUAGCGCGGGAUGGCCUCCGUGGGGUGGGCUGCACGCGACGCGUACGACGAGGAGGCCGCAGUCCGCCGCCCUCUCGAGCUCGAGGGCCGUGGCGUCGCCGCAUCGUCCUCCGACCACCGGCCCGGCGGGAAUGUCAUGCCUAGGUAUCAAGUGGGCUCGACAAAGGGUGAUUCAAGUAGUAGACGACACUCUGAGGAGUGGCGGCAACCUAGCACAGAUGAUGUGCGCAUGAGCAAGCCGGGGUCGAGAUAUUUCACGGCGUUUGGGGUGGAUCUGUCCCCUGAUAAUAUGGCAGUUGCCAUUGUAUAUUUUGUGCAAGGGGUUUUAGGUCUUGCACGGCUUGCUGUGAGCUUUUACUUGAAAGAUGAUCUUCAUCUAGAUCCAGCUGAGACUGCAGUGGUAUCUGGUUUCUCGUCCUUGCCGUGGCUGAUCAAGCCCCUCUAUGGCUUUAUCAGUGAUUCCAUUCCACUCUUUGGAUAUCGAAGAAGGUCAUAUCUUUUUCUGUCAGGGUUACUUGGAGCACUUUCAUGGAGCUUAAUGGCCACAGUAGUGAGCAGUAAAUACAGCGCAGCAUUCUCUAUUCUUCUUGGCUCACUUUCUGUUGCCUUCUCAGAUGUUGUAGUGGAUUCUAUGGUUGUUGAGAGAGCCCGUGGAGAAUCUCAAAGUACAUCUGGAUCACUCCAGUCACUCUGUUGGGGAUCUUCUGCCUUUGGAGGAAUUGUGAGUGCUUAUUUCAGUGGUUCACUUGUGGAUACUUAUGGAGUAAGAUUUGUCUUUGGUGUUACAGCGUUUUUACCCCUGAUGACAUCUGCUGUUGCAGUUCUUGUAAAUGAACAUGGCAUUCCUUCUGGAGAACACAAUACCUUUCUCUCUGGUUCCGGAUUUGUUGAGAGCUCUAAGCAGCAUGUCAGGCAGCUUUGGGCUUCAGUAAAGCAACCUAACAUUUUGUUGCCGACCUUGUUUAUAUUUCUUUGGCAAGCAACACCGCAGUCAGAUUCUGCUAUGUUUUUCUUCAUCACAAAUAAGCUUGGAUUCACUCCGGAGUUUCUAGGGCGCGUGAAGCUUGUAACCUCUUUUGCAUCCCUGCUUGGUGUUGGGCUCUACAACUAUUUUCUGAAGGAAGUUGCUCUGAGGAAGAUUUUUCUUGUGACAACCAUUAUAGGUUCAGCUCUUGGGAUGACACAGGUGCUUCUUGUAACUGGGCUAAAUCGGCAGCUUGGGAUCAGCGAUGAGUGGUUUUCUAUUGGUGAUUCAUUAAUCAUCACAGUCCUUGGUCAGGCAUCGUUUAUGCCAGUCUUGGUGUUAGCUGCAAAGUUGUGCCCUCCAGGAAUGGAAGCCACUUUAUUUGCAACUUUGAUGUCCAUUUCUAAUGCUGGAAGUGUUACUGGUGGUCUGGUUGGUGCUGGUCUAACUCGGAUAUUUGGGGUCACUAGGGAUACCUUUGGGAACCUACCUCUGUUGAUUGUCGUCUGCAAUCUUAGUUCAUUGCUGCCCUUACCUCUUUUAGGUCUCCUUCCAGAGGGAUCAGGUGACACCGAUAACGGAGAAACAAAAAAUAACUGAUUUACUGAGGGUUUUAUCUCCAUUGUUCUGGUACUCAAGUAUAGCAUACCACAGUGCCCAGCUUCAACUCAGAUAUGGCCCAUCGAGUUGAAAUUCAAAAGGCCAGUAGAGAAAUACGGAAAUCACACUGGAUUUAAGUUCAGUCGGUCACCGCCAUCAUCAGGCAGUAUCUCCUGUGACUAUUAACCUGUGUGAUGGAAGUGAUUCAUUGAUGAUCUGCAAAUGAUCUAUGGCGCACAGGUACUCACCUCUUUUUAGUUUCUAAGCUACCUUGUACACGAAGACAAGGUAGGUUUUAUCUUUCUCUAGAGUCUUUGAGUUUUUGUUGUUAAUGCGACCCCAUGAAAAUUAGACUAGUGGUCAAAGGCUAUUAAUUGGGGAUUACCUUGCGAAGUCAAAUGUAUUGUGCCAAAAAAAGGAGGGAGUAUGUAUACAUUAUUGGAAACCUAGAGUACGGAAAUGUAAAGAAAAAUACUUGC